UUAAUUUAUUAAUAUAUAUAUAUAAAGCUAUCCCCCUCCCCUUAAAUCCACCCCCAAAAACCCAGUUGCUGCUGCUGCUUCUCUCUCCAUUCAAAAUGUCUCUUCAAGCAUAUUUUCUCCCCUCAACUCUUCCUGUGCACAAAGAGGGAUCUACUUUUUGGGGGAUUCCUCUAUCUGAGAAUGCCAGGACAGAGUUUAAACCCUCGGUCUCCAGGAGCACUAACAGAGUGAGUAUAUCCCUCGGAGUAAGAGCCCAGGCCGCGGUAACGACCCCGAACAUCAGCCGCGCAACUCCGGAGGGGAAGAAGACCCUCCGGAAGGGCAAUGUCGUAAUCACGGGGGCUUCGUCGGGGCUGGGGCUCGCCGCCGCCAAGGCGCUGGCCGAGACCGGCAAGUGGAACGUCGUCAUGGCGUGCCGCGACUUCCUCAAGGCCGAGCGCGCCGCCAAGGCGGCGGGGAUGGCCAAGGAGAGCUACACCGUCAUGCACCUCGACCUCGCGUCCCUCGACAGCGUCCGCCAGUUCGUCGAGAACGUCCGGCGGGCGGGGAUGCCGCUCGACGUGCUCGUGUGCAACGCCGCGGUGUAUUUUCCGACAGCCAAGGAGCCGACUUACACCGCCGACGGGUUCGAGAUGAGUGUCGGCGUAAACCAUCUCGGUCACUUCCUUCUGGCUCGCGAGCUGCUCGAGGACCUGAAGACCUCCGAUUACCCGUCGAAGCGCCUCAUCAUCGUCGGCUCCAUAACAGGAAACACGAACACUCUGGCGGGGAACGUGCCGCCGAAGGCCAACCUGGGGGACCUGCGGGGGCUGGCGGCGGGGCUGAGCGGGGUGAAUGGGUCGACGAUGAUCGACGGCGGGGAAUUCGAUGGGGCGAAGGCGUACAAGGACAGCAAGGUGUGCAACAUGCUGACGAUGCAGGAGUUCCACCGGCGGUUCCACGAGGAGACCGGCGUCACGUUCGCGUCCCUCUACCCCGGCUGCAUCGCCACCACCGGCCUCUUCCGCGAGCACAUCCCGCUGUUCCGCCUCCUGUUCCCUCCCUUCCAGAAGUACAUCACCAAGGGCUUUGUGUCUGAGCACGAGGCCGGCAAAAGACUUGCUCAGGUGGUGAGCGAGCCGAGCUUGACGAAGUCGGGCGUGUACUGGAGCUGGAACAAGAACUCGGCGUCGUUCGAGAACCAGCUGUCCCAGGAAGCCAGUGAUCCUGAGAAAGCGAAGAGAGUGUGGGAGCUUAGUGAAAAGCUUGUUGGCUUGGCCUAGUAGCCCUUCUUUCCCCCUUUUUUCACCCCUUAGCAGAUCUUUUUUUUCUUUUUCUUUUCCUCCUUAGUCUGUGCCUCUAGAUGUUGUUGGGUUUGCUCAGAUGAAUGCCACUCUGAGCAGAGCCAUGCUGUUGUUCUUUGCAGUGGGGGUGUUUCUUUGUAAAAUUUUGAGGGAUUCAGCUUAAUAAUAAGAGACCCUGAGCAUGUCUUUGUUAAAUAUUUUAAA